UAAUGAGCAAAGCUGAAGGCACAGGCGAACGGUGGCAUGCUCAUGUCACUGCUCUUAGCGUUGGACCAGAUCAUCGUCGCUUUGGGCUUGCCAGAAAACUCAUGCAAAACAUGGAGGAAAUAUCAGAAAAGAAGAACACGUAUUUCGUGGACCUGUUUGUGAGGAUUUCAAACAAAGUUGCCAUAGCUAUGUACAAAGCCCUGGGAUACAUAGUCUAUCGGACGGUUCUGGAAUAUUACUCUGGAAAUCCGGAUGAAGACGCUUAUGCUUAUACAUUUGGAAUAUCUUUUUAUCUGCAAUACCUUGCACAUUGGUCUGAAUUUUUUCAAGUCGCUCGAUCGCCUUCUGGAGAACUGGAGGGAUACAUAAUGAGCAAAGCUGAAGGCACAGGCGAACGGUGGCAUGCUCAUGUCACUGCUCUUAGCGUUGGACCAGAUCAUCGUCGCUUUGGCCUUGCCAGAAAACUCAUGCAAAACAUGGAGGAAAUAUCAGAAAAGAAGAACACGUAUUUCGUGGACCUGUUUGUGAGGAUUUCGAACAAAGUUGCCAUAGCUAUGUACAAAGCCCUGGGAUACAUAGUCUAUCGGACGGUUCUGGAAUAUUACUCUGGAAAUCCGGAUGAAGACGCUUAUGACAUGAGAAAAGCCAUGUCAAGGGACGUGUUUAGAUCCUCAGUGGUACCACUGCUUCACCCCAUACGACCCGAAGAUCUGGACUGAGAGUGGAAAUUCUUUUUUUUUUUUUUUUCGCGAGCGAGUGAGCGAUUCUUACUGUCCAAUGUGUACUUCGUGUUUUUGUGUCUGUGGCGCUGCUAGCCCUGAAUUCAUGACGUAUGCGUAACAAAGACUGCAUUUUUCUCCCCCGG